GCCGGAAGUCGGACUCCGCAGCUGGGGACUUGAGUUCCGCGGCCGUUUUGACGGUUGCUGCGGCUCUGCGCCCAGGAUCCGGAUGGAGGCUGCACGGGAUCCUGGUCCGGGACUGUGCUGCAAGCCCGGGGGGCGUCUGGACAUGAGCCACGGCUUCGUACAUCACAUCCGCCGGAACCAGAUCGCUCGGGACGACUACGACAAGAAGGUGAAACAGGCUAAAGAGAAGGCGAGGAGGCGCCACACACCCGCUCCCACGCGGCCCCGCAAGCCAGACCUGCAGGUGUACCUGCCGCGUCACCGAGACGGCUCUGCCCACCUAGUCAACCCAGACUGUGAAGAGGCGGGGGAAAGCAGCAGUACUGGAAGCUCUGAGCUGGAGCCUCCUGGCCGCCAGCUCUUCUGCUUAGAAUAUGAGGCAGACAGUGGAGAGGUCACAUCAGUUAUUGUGUAUCAGGAUGAUGAUCCCAGAAGGGUGACUGAGGAAGUGUCAGCACAUUCACCUCUGGACCCAGCCAUGCGAGAGGCCCUCAGACUGCGCAUCCAGGAAGAGCUUGCAAAGCGCCAGAGCCAACACUGACCAGCUUGAAGGCAUUCAGGCAGGACUCACUGCACUUGGCAGAAUUUCGCCCAGGGAGCUCACCUCUAGUUUGAGGGUACCAGGACCAGUCUAUAUGAUCUUCAGGGAUCCUUGUCCCCCCUCUCCAAGCUGCUCUAACCACAAGGGGGUUGCAGGACCACAUCUGGCCUACCUCCCAACAGCCAUUGUUUCUUUGUAUUGGCCCAUUUGUCUGACCUAACAUUCUGGAAUUUUCUGGACAGUUUUGGCUAACUUGGUGUUUUGGGAGUAGAGAGUUCAGGGAGAACCAGGGCUUAUGAAUCCUUUGCCCAUGUGCUGCUAUCUUGAUGAGGUUAUUUGCCAGGCCCUUUCCUGAGCCAUAUUUGAUAUUUUGUGGUUCUUUGAUGUUCUACUUUCAUCCACCCAGCUUCCCCUAGACCAGUUGUCAGUUUUCCUUUCUCCUAUCUUUUGCCAUGGGUAGAAUCCAUUUCUUCCACACUCCCAACAUGACUGUUUCUCGACCACUCAGGAAUUUGGAAGUGGGGAUUCUGGGAGCCUGCUUUCCUACCAAGUUCUCCAAGUAAUUUUGAUGCCAAUAAAGCAGGAGAACUUUGUUUAUGAGGCCUAUUUGGAAACAUAUCUCCUUCCAUGACUUUCCCAAGCUGCUCAUAUGCCCCACUGCUUUUGACUGUGUAGAUGUCUGUGUAGGAGACCUAGGAAGAAGAUGCUGAGCUAAGCUUCAGUUAUCUGUUGAAAAACCUUCCUGCUGGGAGUGGUGAUGCACACCUUUAAUCCCAGCACUCAGGAGGUAGAAGCAGGCAGCUCUGUGAGUUCAAGACUAGCCUGGAACAGAGGGAGUUACAGGACAGACAGGGCUCUGAAGAGAGACCCUGUCUCAAAUGGCUAAGUCUACCAAAUUCACUCCCCAGCUAUAAACAGAAUAUACCGUCUGCUCAGACUAGAGGGGAAUUAUCAAAACAAAUGUGAAAAUAACUCUCCAAUUAUGGCUUAACAGUCUUGAAUUACUGAAGUUGGGAAAGUUGACAAUAGCUAUAAUUGCCUUUGGGGGAGGUGGCCUGUAGUUGCAAAAAGAGAGUCCUAAAGAACAUAAUAGAUGAAGUGAUAUGAACACUUCUUCACCCGAAGCUUUCCUACCUCCCCAGAUUAUGUCUGAGCAUGGUUAUGCACGCUUGUAACCCCAGGGGGCCAAAGUAGGAAGAUUGCUGCAAGUUAAAGGCCAACCUAAGUUGUUUCAAGAAAAAAAAAAAUGUAACUUAGGUCCUCUGGGUAAAGAUCUCCAGACAUAGCAGUUUUCCAACAGGGGACAUGUUUUCCAACGGGGGACAUGUUUUCCAACACAAGAUUAGGCUAAGGUCUGAAGUCCACAACACAUCCUGUGCACAGGAAUUCAGAGGCACCUAGGAUUUCCAGGAAAUGAGCCUAACUUGAACAGCUUGAAAUGUGAGUUGUGAAAGAGCCUGUGAGCACCGAGACUGCCGACAACCAGACCUUCUGCCCCAGGGUUCUACAUGAGGCUCUCAAGACCCUCAUUCUAGCGAUUAGCUCAGUAGUUUUUAAGGGUACUUAGGGGCUGCUGGGUUUUAUCCCACUCCGAUGAAAACAGAUGUAAUGGGGUUUGGCAUCUUGAUGUCAUUAAAACAGUAAGUCACAGCUUGCCAUGCAGAGGAAUUCUGGGGCAGUGAGUUAGGUGGUAAGUUAGAAGGGCCUGGUUGUGGGUGUGACUGGGACCUAAAUGCUCUAGACCCAGAGAGCUGAUUCCCAGGCUUAAGUGCCUUAAGCAUGUUGGUCCUAAGCCCAGUUCUGCUGUCAAAGGAAAGCGCCUUUCCCCUGCACUUGCGCACAUGUGCUGUCAGUGCCUUUGGACCUGCAUGGUUAAAUUCCAUCCAGAAUCUCCAGGGUGAAGGAGGUUCUGCCAAACUCUAUGCUCUUCAUCCAGCAGGUCAUUUUAGUCUCCAGUUAAUCACUCCAUUUUCUGACUUGAAACACAGGAUUCACUAGAACUCUGGCUGCUUUGGGGGGUUUGCGUUCUUAGAGCUUUCUUUCCUAUUUCCUGGUUCAGUUAUUGAAGAGGAAUCUGAGGACCCAGCACCUAAAAUUUUGCCUCUAUUCCCAUUUCUUGGAAAAGGAAGAAAGAGAAGAACACAGCAUUCAGUGUAGUCCUUUUAUGUGUUUAUAUGAGCCUACAAAGACCUCAGAAGGGUGACUGAUAGAAACUCCUCUCAGCCUUUUUCCCAGAAGCAUUUUGCUUAUCAGGUGUAUGAAAGAUUUUCUAGCCAAGAAAGCCUUCUUGAUUCUUAGCUUAUUUGUCCUAAAGCUGCAGGCCUGCACUUAACAGAAAGCCGUCAUUCUGAGCCAGCCUGUCAGAGCUGCUGCUGUUUCUCCAGCACCCCUGAAGUGCCAGGGGCUGCGUCUUCAGCCUCAUAGCUUGGCUAUGUCACUCUCAUCUCCUCUGGGGUCCAUGGUAGUACUGUUCAGUUCAUUUGGCAGACCUGCUUCUAGAUGUCUCACAGCCAUAGUGAGCUCUCAGAACUGUGCCAUGCUGUGGCACAGUAGAAGCAGUGUGCUAUAAGCAGAACUUAACAGCAACUGCUUCAGAGUCAGCACUCAUUUGAGUAGAUAAGGUCUUGGCUGUCUUUUUUUUUUUUUU